CAAACGUUGACAACCAUCAAUUUUUAUUUUUUCUUUUUUCUUUUUUCUUUUUUCUCACCUAGCCUCAUGAUCCGGAGUGGUAGAGGACCAAAAUCGAUUUACAGACAGCCCUUCUUCUUUAUCGGCGGUGAUGAGAUAAGGUCUCCGAUACACACAAAACCCCCCUCAAACCCUAACACGUUUCGAAUUCGAUGCCAGAGGCCAAAAAAGGGCUUUCAAUGCUGAAACAGUGGCAAUUGACAAUUGGCAAUUGGGUAUCUCAUCCUUACAAAAUGGGAGGGAGGAUUAGAUAACUUGAAAGAACUGGAAAUAAGAACACCUUUGUAACAUAUAUAGGUCUAUGGAAUGCAUCACAAGUUCACAACGUCAUCUGAACUAGUUCUGUCAGAGCUUUUAUGGCUAAUUUCUGGGUGAAACUGUUCAAAAGAUUUGAUAUUGGAUGGUGUCUUCAAUUCAUUGUGCACAAGAAAACAGUGAAACUAGCCAAAGCUCAAGCCCUAGACAAACAACAUCAAUACAAGAACUUGAAUUUUGCUGCAAAACUUUGUUUGGUGAAGCAACAGAAGAACAUCCAAUUGGCACUGAAAAUGUACACAAGGGAUCGACAAAAGCCAGGGCUGCAGAAUGUGAAUAUAUUGGUAUUGAACAAUUUGAACCACUUAAUGAAGAUCUGACACUAUAUUUGAGUUGUGAACAACUUGGACAACAACUUGAAGAUGCCAGCAUGUAUUCUAAUUCUAAUCAGUUAGGUUUAUUACCUGAAGAUGCCGCUGGAAAAAAUUUAAGUACUAAGCAAACUAUGCCGGAACUCAAUCAUGAACUCGUUCCUGGAAGUGUAAAUAAGGACAUUUGGGUAGAAAAAUGGAAAACUGGCACUGUAAACUUUCAAAAUGUACCAGCUGAAAUUGUGACGGUAGAAUCCCAUACUUUCGGUUUUGAACAACCUGGCCGACCUUCUGAAGAACUGACCAGAAAUUCCAGUUGGGAACAAUUGCAACCACCCCAAGAAGAUGAGAGAAAAAAUUAUCUGGAACAAUUGGGAGUGCCACCAGAAGAUAAAGUCGUGAAUACUAGUCUUGAACAAUUAGAAAUGCCACCAGACGAUGCAACGAACAAUCCUAGUAAAUCAGGAGGGAGAACCUCUGGAAAAUCAACAAAAGAGAAACAUGCACUGAGAUCUUCUGUAGGCAGUACUAGAGUUUUGCGUUCAAGGUUGCAAGAGAAAUCUAAAGCUCCGGAGGCAAGUAAUAAUAUGGAAGAGAAGAAGAAACAGAUGAAGAAAAUUACACUUGAUGAAUUCUCAAGACUUAGAAAUCGUUUGAGAUACUUGCUGGAUCGAAUAGGCUACCAGCAAACCUUGAUUGAUGCCUAUUCUGGUAAAGAUUGGAGAGGACAAAGCCUAGAAACAAAGCCUGUGGAGCUUCAGGAUGCCCAAUUUGAAAUUCUCCACUGCAAAUUAAAAAUAAGACAUCUAUUUCAACAUCUUGAUUUGUUAACUGCUAGAGGAAAGUUUCCAGCAUCCUUGUUUGAUUCUGAAGGACAGAUUGACAGCAACGACAUAUUCUGUGCAAAAUGUGGGUGUAAAGAUUCGCCAGCUGAUAAUGAUAUCAUACUCUGUGACGGUGAUUGUGAACAUGGUCCUCUCCAGUUUUGUCUGGAACCACCAUUGUUAAAAGAAGACGUUCCUCCUGGUGAUGAGGGUUGGCUUUGCCCUGGAUGUGAUUGUAAGGUCAACUGCAUCAAAUUGCUUAAUGAUUCUCAAGGAACUAAUUUUUCUAUUCUGGACACCUGGGAGACGGUGUUCCCUUUGGAAGCAAGUAUAAAUAAGGAUUUUGGACUUGGAUUUUCAUCAGAUGAUUCUGAGGAAAAUGAUUAUGACCCAGAUCCUUCAGAGGUGGAUGAGAAAGUUGAGGGAGAUGAAUCAAGUUCUGACGAUUCUGAUUUCUAUUCUGCUUCCAAAGACUUUGAGGAUUCUUCUGAUGAUUCAGAGGAUGAUGAUUAUGAUCCUACUGCUCCAGAUCUCGAUGAGCAGGAGGCAUACGGAAAUGUUUCAUGUGAUUCAAGUGAUGGGCUGGAUGCUGAUGGCAUACCAAAGAAGCGAAGGAAGAACAAUACCGACAAAGUUGCUUCUGCAUCACCCAGUGGAAGGACUCCAAUUGUAGAGGGGACAAAUGCUAAGGAUAUGCAGCACAGCCAGGGAGAGAGUGAACAUACCCCUAAGAAAAGAGCGCAUGAGGGGCUAGAUGUUGAGGGCACAAAUAAUUCACCGGUGAAAUUUUAUGAACGUGGUUCUAAUGGUACUAGCACUAAAAGAUUUGGAGAAGCUGUAACUCAGGGACUAGCAAAAUCCUUCAAUGAAAACCAUUAUCCAGAUCGAGCUAUGAAAGAAAAAUUGGCAACAGAAUUUGAAAUUACAGUUAAACAGGUUAGCAAAUGGUUUGCAAAUGCACGUUGGAAAUUUCACCAUCCAUUGCCUGCCAGGCAGAGAUCUACGACCUCAGGAGUUCGCAAGAGAAAAAGUAAGCCAGAUGAUCAUCAAGGAUCAGGUUAAAUUCCAAGCGUUGAGAGGAGCAACUGAAACAGAAGUCUUCAUCUUUCAGGAUUUCGUUGUUGAUGCUUGCGGUUGCUGGUAGAGGUCGUGCAGUUAGUGCCUGCCUUUCUGUUUCAAUUUUAGUUCAUGAUGGUUUGUUUCUAUGUCUGUUAGUUUAUAUGAAAGUGGAAACUCUAUGUUCCCUAACUUUAUUUCUGAAGUUUUUAUUUAUUCUCAAAAAAUAUUGAUCAAGGAUUGCAAGUUUAAAAGUUGAGGUUGUGUAGCUGGUGCUUGCCUUUCUUUUUCAGUUUUAGCUUAUGACAAUCUUUAUGUAUGUUGGUUUAUAUGUAAGUGGAAACUCUAUGUUCCCCACCUUUAUUUAUGAAGUUCUUAUUUAUUAUCAAAAAAA